ACGAGCGCGGAGCGAGACGAGCUAUGGUCGUAUAAGUAAGCAAGUCCGAUCUGUCACUUUUACGCUUAACUGCAUCGAUUAGAGACCAGGCGGCUUGAGGUGAAUUCCGCACUGGACGUUUUUGGACGUUUUUUUUGUUUUGUCGUUUUGUUUUCACCGACAAGGGGAGAGAGGAAAAAAAGUUUUCCUCGCGACUUGCCCAGGCUGGCUCCGCAAAUGGAAACAACAUCCGAGGGGAAACCAAGCACACCUUGUCUUAUGAGGUCUUCAUCAUGAUCCUGGCCUCGCUGGAAAGGUGAAGACGACUCAUGGUGUUAAAUGCUGUGACACAGUUCAGCCCAGGCAAGAGCGCGGACCAGGCUUCAGCUUAAGUGACUAUUCACAACCACCAAUAGUUCUGUGUUAACCAUUUGUGGAGCGUUUGCCAUGGCGUCUAGUCUGACAUGCACAGGUGUUAUCUGGGCCCUGCUGUCCCUGCUAUGUGCUGCUGCUUCUUGUGUUGGCUUCUUCAUGCCCUACUGGCUGCUUGGCACACAGAUGGACAAGCCCGUAUCCUUUGGUACAUUCCGCCGCUGCUCCUACCCGGUUCGGGAUGAGGAGCGGCAGGCCACCGUGAUGCUGGAGCAGUGUGGGCGCUAUGCCUCCUUCCAGGGCAUCCCAAGUCUGGAGUGGAGGAUCUGCACAGUGGUAACUGGCGUAGGCUGCGGCCUCCUCCUCCUGGUUGCCCUCACCGCCCUGAUGGGCUGCUGCAUCUCCGAUCUCAUCUCCCGUACCAUUGGGCGUGUGGCCGGAGGCAUCCAGUUUGUUGGGGGUCUCCUCAUAGGUUCAGGCUGUGCUCUCUAUCCUUUAGGAUGGGACAGUGAGGAAGUGCGACAGACCUGCAACAACAGCUCAGACCAGUUUGAAUUGGGCUCCUGUCAGAUUGGCUGGGCUUACUACUGUACGGGCACCGGGGCCGCAGCCGCCAUGCUACUGUGUACAUGGCUAGCCUGUUUUGCUGGGAAGAAGCAGAAGCAGUACCCGUAUUAGGAGGAGGGGCCUCAGAGAGAAAAAGGUGCAGGGAAAAAUUGUCCGAUACCCCCCAGCGGUACGACAACAGAAGAGGGAACCCUGCCUCUAUGGACUCCUAGUAUGGAACAUCAGGCACCAAAGACACACAGGGUGCUUUGCAUAUCAUGGAAAACUUGCUCAGUUGACAACUGCAGGGACUCUUUCAUCAAGUAGCACAGAUACAUGGCUUUGAAAACUGGUACUUCUCUGUUAAAAGAUAUUCUUAAGUAAAUAAAUAAAUAAAUGUACGGACCAAUUCUGUUUGUAUAAUUGUUAUGUAUCUCUUUCUUCUUUUUUUUUGUACAAAAAAAGAGUGCUCUUUUCUGUCUUCGCUUCUUUGUUGAUAUUUUUUUGUGAUAGUGCACCCUGUGACAAAGACAAAAGUAUUGUUGCUCCGUUGUUAUGUGAAGUGUUUCUGAAUCUUUUUCUUGGCUCAUCCUUGCCUUAAAAAACACAGACUGAAAUGCAAUAACCUCUAAUAUAUAAAGCAAUCCAACUCUGGAUGCCUGCUUCUUUAAACACAGCCUGUUCAGACUCCAAAUGUUUAAUCAUAGCUAAUUUAACAUAUUCUUGAGAUAUACGUUGUGUCUGAUAAUGUAUUUUAUCAUAUUAGCCCAUGUUUUGUAUUCACACUAAAAAAAAAAAAUUCUUUGACAUUAUUUUUGUUUUGUAAAUAAAUGUUUAUCA